CUGACUAAUUAGUGAGGUGUUAAUAGGAUAUUUUUAUAUAUACAAUACGAAAUCUUCUCUUUAAAACAAUCUUCGUUAAGAAUAAAAUAGGUGACAGGCGAUGAAGGGAAUAUACCUACUCACCAUCGCCUUUUUGGCAUCUUGGACCAUAAUCAUCGCGAGUAAAUUACCUAUUAUUCUUGAAACUGAAGACGAAUGUCCAGUGUCAAACAUUUCCUCACUACCCAAACUAAUAUUUCAUGAAACGGAUUGCACUAAAUAUUAUGAGUGUAAAAAUGGUCAGAAACAAUUACGCUCUUGCAAAGUCGGCCUGUACUUUAGCAAAAGAUGGAUUGGUUGCGUCACACCGGAAAUUUCAGAGUGUUCACCUUUGAUCCCGAUUCUAGUCCCAAAUCUUGAAUGUCCAGUACUAGAUAUUUUCCCGCCGAAAUUAAUACCUAUCAAACAAGAUUGCACUAAGUAUUACGAAUGUAAAAACAGUAAGGAGGAACUACGCAUUUGCAAAGCCGGUUUAUACUUUAGCGAAUACUGGCAGGGUUGCGUCAGUCGGGAGCAUUCGGAUUGUCCUACACAAGAUAUUCUGGAAUGUCCAAUUCCAGAUGAUUGCCCGCCGAAAUUAAUAUCUGACGAAAAGGAUUGUACUAAAUAUUACGAGUGUAAAAACAGUAAGAAGGAACCGCGCUCGUGUAAGGUUGGUCUAUACUUUAGCCGAUACUGGCAGGGUUGCGUCAAUCGGGAGCAUUCGGAUUGUCUCAUAACAACUCAGACUCCGAUUCCAACAACUCAGACUCCGAUCCCGACAACUCAGACUCCGAUCCCGACAACUCAGACUCCGAUCCCGACAACUCAGACUCCGAUCCCGACAACUCAGACUCCGAUUCCGACAACUCAAACUCCGAUUCCAACAACUUCGAUUUCAUCAGAAUGUCCAUACCCGGACACUUGUCCGCCAAAAUUAAUACCUAUCAAACAAGAUUGCACUAAGUAUUACGAAUGUAAAAACAGUAAGGAGGAACUACGCAUUUGCAAAGCCGGUUUAUACUUUAGCGAAUACUGGCAGGGUUGCGUCAGUCGGGAGCAUUCGGAUUGUCCUCCACAAGAUAUUCCGGAAUGUCCAAUUCCAGACGAUUGCCCGCCGAAAUUAAUAUCUGACGAAAAGGAUUGUACUAAAUAUUACGAGUGUAAAAACAGUAAGAAGGAACCGCGCUCGUGUAAGGUUGGUCUAUACUUUAGCCGAUACUGGCAUGGUUGCGUCAGUCGAGAGAAUUCGGAUUGUGCUGUGACAAUUCCGACUCCGAUCUCGUCAACUCCAAUUCCUGGAUGCAUAAACGGCGAUCUACUGGAACACGAAUGUACAUGUACUAAAUAUUACUUAUGCAUAGAUGGUUAC